CCGGGAAGGGGCGGGGGGGUCAUGGCGUGCGACCUGGAGGGCCGGGCAUCCCUGGCGUGCCUGGCGCGGGCGCCACGGCGGCGCGACGCCGGGGAUGCCGCGCAUGGCGCCGGCGGCGGGAUGGCGUGCAUGGCCCGGGGCGGGCGGGGGCCGGCGGACGGGCGCGACGUGCUCCUGCGGAUCAAGGGCGGCCUCGGCGCUGAGACGCUCUUCGAGAUGCGGGCCGGCCUGGACUCCACGGUGGCGGAUGUGAAGGCCAUGGUCGAGCCGCUUCGACGGCACGCCGCCGCGCGAGCAGCGCCUCGUCAUCGGCCACGCCCGCGGUGUGCCGCUGCAGGACGGCGCCUCGCUGGGCGCCGCCGUGGCCGGGGACGAUUGCCAGCUGUGGGACCCGGUGCUCUCGGCGGCGCAGACCCUGGCGCCGCCGUGGACGUGCUGCUGCUGCGCCUGGCGCCCGCCUGGGCGGAGGCCAUGGAGGGCCUGCGGCGGGGCAGCCUGGAGCUGGACGAGGCGGGCGCCGCGGCGCGCGGGGACCGCGAGCUGGUGCUGGCGGCCGUGGCGAGGUGCGGCUCCGCGCUGGAGCGGGCCACGGAGGCGCUGAGGGCCGACGCGGAGGUGGUGCGCGCCGCCGUGCGGUGCGACCCCGGGGCCCUGCGCUUCGCGGCCUCUGAGCUGCAGGACGACCGCGGGGUGGUGCUGGAGGCGGUGCGCCGGAGCGGCCACGUGCUCCGGCACGCCUCGCCGCGGCUGCGCGCCGACGCCGAGGUGGUGCUGGCGGCCGUGGCGAACUCGUGGAGGGCCCUGGAGCACGCCAGCGCCGAGCUCCGGGGCGACCGGGAAUCUGGCCGCCUGCGGCGAGCCCGUCGCUUCGGGUGCAGCUCCGAGGACGUUCCGUUCAGCAUCGGCGCUGGUAUCUCCGUGGUGGCGACCCCAUUCCGGCUUGACCCGUUCAGCCCGGCUUGAUCGGGCUUGAAUUGUAGGUUUCACUAAUCCGGCCUGACUUGGCUAAUUGGCUUCUCCGUCGGGCUUGCUGUUUCUGGCGAAGACCUCCCAGGAGUUGCUUCCCAACGUUUCGCCACCGUGCCAGCAAGUGCUCCCGGAUGCCGAGGCGGCUAUUCGAUGGGCGGCAGGGGGCUGUAUCAUGUGAGUGGAGCGUCGUUAAAGGUCGGUGUGCGUUGAUGGUUUGAGAAACAGUCAGAUAUCUCGGGCGUCUAGGUUUGAUUAUUGGAUCAUUAGACGUCGUCCUG